GCCCAAAAGAUGUUAAUUUGUCCCACUUAUUCGCCAGCGCAGCGUCGUGACUGACUAGAAGCGACUCACUCCCGUGCCUCUGCCCCUCUGCCUCUCUCUCAGUCUCUCUCACUCUCAGUCAUCUCAGUCUAGUGAUGACCGUUGUGCGUGCUGGGUGUACUACACGCUCUCUUGACCCGAUUGUAGUGUGGCAUCAAACUGUGUAUUAUGUAACUGGGUAGUUAACUUUUGUUUGUCAUCUGCCCAAGCUCCCCAUUAAGCGAUGGCUGGAACAGGCCCCGAUACGUCUUACAGGAAACCUCCCAGAGAACGGGGAUGCUGUAGUAUCAACUUCUUGAAGUAUGUCCUCUUCAUCUUCAAUUUCAUAUUCCUGCUGGGUGGCAUAGCAGUGCUCGGGGUGGCCAUAUGGACAAUCACCGAGAAACACCACUACAUCUCCCUCCUGACGACGAGCACCUACGCCGCGACAUCCUACAUUCUCCUGAUGUCGGGUCUCAUCGUCUUCUUCGCCGCUUUUCUGGGCUGCUGCUCGGUCCUGAGAGAAGACCGGUGCUGCCUUUUGGUGUACACAUUCAUACUACUAUUGGUGUUUCUACUGGAAGCAGUGGCUGGGGUACUGGCCUACGUCUACGAAGAGCAAGUGAUGGAUGAGCUCACUCUCACGUUGACCCAAACUUUCAAUGAAAAUUACAUGUACGAUUCGGACACCACGACAGCCAUAGAUCAAAUGCAGAGGGAGUACCAUUGCUGCGGUGCCCUGAUUUUCAGCGAGUGGAAGGACAGCCGAUGGUUGAAAGAAAACGAUGUCAACAACACAGUUCCGGACUCUUGUUGCAAGACGCCCUCUCCUUACUGUGGAGUCAGAGAUCACCCGUCCAACGUUUGGUACAGUGGCUGCAUCCACCAGUUCGAAGAGGAACUGGGAAAACACCUUGUCAUCCUUGGAGCAGUAGGAUGUGGCAUAUGUCUAGUGCAAGUGUUCGGAAUGAUACUUUCGUGUUGUCUUUACGUCAAAUUGAAGGAUGUUGAUGAUUACUAAGAUCCAUCCAUUAAUCUGAAGUCAACAGAAUAAAGAAUGCAAUGAAUGAGGCUGGUCUUUUGAAGGCUAAGAAAAUGUAUAGAAAAGUGGCCAAAAAACCAACAGAAGCAUCUUGUUUCCUGAGAAAUUGGAGAAGUCGCCUUUGAAGCUUCUUUGCCUCCUCCUAUCCGAUGAAACAUCAUGGUCUGUGUUCUCUCCUAUACGUCCGUAAAUGGAUGAACAAACAAACAAUUAAUUUUUGUGUGUGCACUGAGUUUUAUUUUUCUCUUUUCGAGCUUCAUUUUGACAGGAGGCUACAAGUCCCCAGUGUUUGAGGGUUUUAGACCAAUACAGGUUUGAUAGUGUCUUCGAAAGAAAACAUUUAGAUAUUUUGAAAGCUUUGUGUAAUAGUUUCUGUCACGUUCUUUUUCAGAAUUUAUUUUCAGAGAAUUCCAUCAUAUAUUUUUCAUUCUAUUUGUAGACUAGCAUUUGCAUAAGGACAUUAUAUGUCUGUGAAUAACAGUGCUUUCUGACAAAUACAAGUGAUACAAUUUCACUUUUGUACAUUAAGGUUUUCAGGAUAAUACAGUACAUCAGUGUUCCUUUACUUCAAUCAACUACGAUAUGAAAGGGUUGCGUCUGUGUUUAUAAAGGAAGGUAAAGUACAGUGCAGUGUAUACAUGAUUUUGUAUUAUACAUGUCUGGGUUUAUAAGUGAAUUGUAAUUAUCAUUACAGCAUUAUCUGUUCCACUCAGCGCUCUCGCUUCCUGUUGUAAGAGCAGAUAUGCUUUUAUUAAAUUCACUUAUUGUUGCAGAAUGUUAUGUUGGCAUAGUAUGAUAUUUAACUUGAUUAUGACAAAGCUAGCGGUUGUGUUAUGUCAUAACUGGUAUAUUUCUUUACACCUUCAUACACAACUUUCAUCGUUUGUCACAUAUCAGUAUGCUUUCAUCCUCUCUCUCUCUCUCUCUCUCUCGUGGAUUUUUGAAGGGUGCUAUAAAGAUUACACAUAGACGACCACCUUCUGUCCAGUAUUUCUUACAUUAUAAAAAAAAAAAAGCCGUAAUCAAAUUGAAAAACGGACUUCGUCAAUCUUGUUAGCAUUACACAUCAUUCUGGAGUCAAAUCUUCUCAUCAGCUUUAAACUUCUAAUUUCUUGUGCAUCUGUUUUGCGAGGACGGCUAUUUACUAUAGGUCUCAUUCGUUUAUGAGGUGACAGAGGGUAGAAACUUUUAAGUCUAGAGUACAAUGAUAGUUUUCCAAACAUUUAUUCUUACUGUUUUCGGGGGCUUGAUUUUCUGAAAGCCCCAGCUUAUGGCCUUCAAUGUCAUCUCCUUGUCAAAUUGCAAGGAUGGUUGCCUUUUCUGAACUCUGACCUAGGAUUAGAUUGGUGAACCUACGGACUAAGGCCUUUAUGAAGGAUCCCCAGUUUUCCAGUGAAAGUUUUGAAAAAAUUUCUUGGUUUAUGAAGUUUAGUUUUGUCAGACGUCAAGGUGUAUCAGUAUGUCCAUUCCUACACUAGGGCAGAACAAAACUUUGCAUUUUCUAUUUUUUGCAACUAUGUGCAAUGAGAGUACUGACAAGGGCCUGCAACCCCGUGUCCAUAGUCCUUUGGUAACUUUCACGCCAUGCAGAACAUUGUGAAAGUUUUUUUUAUGUCCUACAGGAGUAAUAUGAGUGAACGAAGUUGGUUUCAAGUGAAAUGGGUUCAUUACUUAGGGGACCCAACACUAAACUCUCUUCUGCACUGUGACACAUUGCAUUAUUAUUCCGAGCCAGGACAAUUCCUAAGAUAGUGCUGCGUACUAUCACCACAGUUGUAGUCAUAAAAACUGUGAUUGCCAUAAGGCAUUCCUUCCCAACAAGGGAUCACCAAACCUGUGUAUUUGGUGCUUUCGUAUCUCAAGGCACUGGCACUUACAGUAAUUUGUAUUUAGUACUGUUAACCACCACUGCACUUUCAGGCACUAGUAAGACGAUUAAUCGAAACCACAAAAGUAUGACUUCGUUACUUAAUAUUAAUACAAAUAAGAAUCUAUUGUAUUUGUUAAAUAGUAUUCAUGAGUGCACACAAAGCAGUUUUAACUAUGUUCUUGAAUGCACAUAAAGAGACCAAAAUUGUUAACCUUUGUUCCUUGUUUUAUAUUGUUUGAGGACAAUAUAAAUAAAAUGUCUCAUGAUCACAUCUUAUCAAAGAUUUCAUGGAACACUGCCUGUAAAUUAUUUGCAGCUAAACCGUAAAUCUGCCUUAAUUAAAUAAGUAACUUUUGAGCACUGAAAAUUAUACCUUUCUCAUAAUUCAUCAUUUUCAACAUUGAUUUUUGGGAAAACUUCUAAUUGUGUUCAUCUUUUAAGUUUAGGAAGUGGUCUCUAGUUGGUGUUCAAACACCAGCUUUGAUCUCUGUCAAGAGUACUAUAUAUAUGUGUAUGAUGUCUUGUAUAGAUGUAUGAAUGUAUAAGUGUACAUUUUAAGAUGAAGUGUAAAGCGAAUUAGCUGUGGCAUAGAUGUAUUAAUCCUCCUACAAUGAAGAAUGGUCAUUGUGACAAUGCAAAUGGUUAUUUCUGACUUAAAUGUUUUAUUUUUAAUAUAAAACAAAAACAGCCAAUACCCUUGUAUAGUACAUGGAUCGGUUUUUAAUAUAUAUAUUUGCUCCUUCAACCAUUGUAAAUUCUUUUCCUCAAAUGGUAUGCUGUUUUAAGGGCAUUUUCCCCCAAUGAAUAUAUUGUGGUUGUUCAAUGUAAAUAGUGUACAUAUAUAUAGUGAAUGAUCUAAUUAUUUAGAAUUUUAGAGCUUUCUCUUUAUUGGCACAGGGCAGUUACCUUUUAAUGUAAUAAUAUUUCCAAUAUUAUUAUCAGGUUGGAGUUUGUCAGCAUUAACUUAAUCGAAAUCCAGAACCGAGUACUUAGUUAAAAUUAGCAAUCAAUAGAUAAACAGAAAAAUGAAAUUUAUGAGAACUGUAUCCUUUUUAUGUCAAAUUAUAUAUUGGUCUUGUUUUUUGGUGCUUAUAACUCUUUCUGAAAUUCCGUGAACAUUUACUAACCUUGAAAGAUUUUUUUGGCACAGAGUAUGAUGUGUAAACAAAGGUUACAGAAUGCUCUAUAGAUUUUGAAUUUCUUGUGAUAUCUCCCAAGAUGACAGUCUUUGUAGAGUAGUGGCAUUUCCAGGUGAAUAAGUAAGUUAUUCCAGUCGUCAUUUCAGGUAGCGUACCUGUUUAGAGAGUUAUUAUGCACCAUAAAAUAAGCCAAGUACCUGAAAUCGCACAAUUAUUGUGUUUUCCUGGUUGAAUAGCUAUUUAGUACUGUGAGUAACAUUGAGAUUUUCGAAAUGUAUAAAUAUGAUGUAUCAUGCACUUAUUUUUAAAUAUUGUAAUAUUUACCAUUUAUUUCUUCUGCACUUGAUUAUUCAAUUUUCACAAGCCUGGUGGAAAAACAGGAAGCUGGAUUUGGUGAAGAAAAGAUCAUUCAUAUUACAAAAAUAUCAUUACAGUCACUAAAAUUCUCAUUUUAAUAUCCUGAUAUAGUUCAGUGUUUUCGUCUGUAUAUCAUUGGUAUAUAGCUGCGUUACAGAAGCUUUACAUUUAUCCUUGGAACUUUAUAAUGCCUUUCGGGACUAUUCAGCUUUGCAAGCUUGAUACUUAAAAGAGAGAAUGUUGUUAAAAUAUAUAUUUUCUCUGUGAAGUAUGUUUAAAGGAUCAGAUCUAGAAUUUUUAUCUAUUGGAGUUUGCCUGUCAUCACAUAUUAAAUUAUGAUAUGAACUGCAAAAGUGGAAAUCCAGUUAAUGACUUAAAUAGCAUUAAGUUUGAUUUACAGAUCCCUUGCACACAAUACCUAGUCUUGCUUUUGUGCCAGUCAUUCAAUAAACUUCUAUAUUUGUGUAAA